AGUCAGUGUACUCGGUUUGACAACAACAACACCUACUAUUGGUUGACGAAAUACUGUAGCUAUACGAUAACAAGUAACGAAGCGCUGUGUUACAGUGAACAAGCGACUCGGUCAGUGUGACUGUUAUAUCCCAGCGCGCCGCUCCACUCGGUCGGCUACGAAUUUAAUAAUCGGAAACGUAGCAACUGUGUUUUAUUGAAAAAUGGCACCGCUACCAUUGGAUGAUCCAGCGGUACAAUCGUAUCUGCUGUAUUCCAGCGUCUUGGGCCUCAAAGUUCUGGGUAUGGCAUUUUUGACAGCCAGAGUGCGAUACGCUAAGAAUGUGUUUGCUAACCCAGAGGACGCUGCAGCGAAGAAAGGAAAAGUGAAGUACGAUGACCCCGACGUGGAGCGAGUUCGUCGCGCGCACCUCAACGACUUGGAGAACAUUCCCGUGUUCUGGGUGCUGGGCGCGCUGUACCUGACUACUGCGCCCUCCGCCUGGCUCGCCACCACGCUGUUCCGUGUGUACACAGCUGGCCGAGUGAUGCACACUCUGGUCUACGCUGUCAAGCCACUGCCUCAGCCAGCGCGUGGCAUCGCCUUCGGCAUUCCUCUCAUGAUCACAUUCUACAUGGGAGUCAAAGUAAUUCUACACUACUCCAGUGCGCUGUGAUUUGUUAAUAAGAAUGUAUUGGACUGUAUUAGACGCGUGAUCAAUAAAAAAGUAAUGUGUACUCAUAACAUUAUCAAACUCGGAGUUGUAAACGAAUGUAUGUUAGAUAAGAUGUGUAAUCUUAUCUAAUCCUUUACUGUCGCUGUACGCAACUGUAAAGUGACAAGUACAUAGGUAUUACUGUUGUAUUUUUUUUACAAGUGCUUAAUAAAGAAAUGUUUGCCCUAUA